UGUCACCUAUAAGUUAUAUAUCCUCACCUAUCGUUGUAUCCAGGCUAUUAUCUAACUCUGUCUUUCCGUCUGUUGAUCUGUCUGUUGUCUCAUUGCUAUAUACUUCAUUUUCCUGUUUUUCCGUCUGUCUGUCUAUCUGUCCUGCGUCACCUCACUUCCCAUUCCCUUUGUAAUUAUUAUCUCUAUUUUUUUAUCUUUGCUAUAACCUGUCUUUCUGUCUGUCUGCCUAUCUGUCCUGCGUCACCUCACUUCCCACUGUCUCUGCUGUCAUCAACCUAACUACCUGUCUUCCCGUCUGUCUAUAUGUCUGUUAUCACUUUGUUUUAAUCUGUCUGCCUACUUGUCCUGCAUUACGUGGAGCAGCGAGGUCGGGCGGUACAGAGGGGUCAGCCGAGUGCUAGCCACGGUGGCCCUGCUUGCCCUGGUAGCUACUGUCGUCCUCAAGUCGUCCUCAUCUCACGACUCAGAACAGAUGGAGGUUAUAAAACAGCGAAUGGCGGAUCGCAGUGCACGCGUGGCGAGAGCAUGUCAGCAGCACAGCGGCACGCUCCUGCAGCAGUACUCGAGUUGGCUGGGAGCGGCGGCCGAGUGGGCAGCGGUGAAUCGUAGUCUUGUAACCAACCCUGACCUGCUGGUGUUUCGCGACCAAGGACUCAUCUGGUGCAAGGUCCCUAAAGUGGCCUCCACCGCGCUGGUCCACGGGUUCCUGCGGGUGUUGGGUCGGAGUGACCUCAUAGACACCCAGGCGCGGGGCCGCCUCCACAAGUGCAUUCGCGACAUGCUGCCACACCCCUCGCCGCAUGAGAACCUCUCCUCCUUCACUGCCUUCAUGGUCGUCAGGCAUCCUUUCCAGAGGGUUCUCUCAGCUUACAGGGACAAGUUGAUGAACCGGUUGGAGAAUUCUCAGUUUCAAAUAUUUCAAAACAAAUACGGCAAACUCAUCAUCCAGAACCACAGGCGACACCCGCAGAGCAAACAGUACGAGGACGUGCCCACCUUUGGAGAGUUUGUGGACUACCUGAUUGCCACCCCAGUUUGGGAAUAUAACGAACACUGGCUACCCUACUACAUGACCUGCACGCCUUGCCAUUACCGGCACGACAUCAUCAUGCAUUUGGAUUCCAUUGCAGAAGAGGGAAAGUAUCUUGUGCACGUUACUGGCCUUCAGGAGCUGUUCCCCAGACACGCCCACGUCACCGUCAAAGCCUCACACACUCACUCGAAUCAAGAGAAUAAACCAGGAAAGUUAAAUUUAAGUGAUUAUGAAGUCCAAUAUCUUCACCGUGAUAUUCAGACCGGUGGAACCAAAUCCUCCACAGAAGCAGGAUUUUUCUCCGAACUUGACGUGCAGCAAUUAAAGAAGUUGUAUUCUGUAUAUAGGAUAGACUUUGACAUGUUCAAUUUUGACAUUAGUCCUUAUGAUAGUUACGUAAAAGGUCAUUGACAUAUAUUUAUUGGGUAUAUAGCCUUCAAAUCACUUCUUACGGUAUUGAGGUAAAUGUAGUUCAUGUGCCAUAAUUAUAAUCACUCAACAACAAUAACAACCAAAACAUUACCAUUUCACCAACAUAGAACAU